AUGACCGCGUAUUGUUGUUUGCGCGAUACCGAAUCAAGUGGCUAUCCAUCUAGAUCACAUAUUGCAAAUACACUAUUACAGGUACAAGAAUUCAACGGAACUUGCAAAAAAUGGAUUGAUAAACUUACAAACGAAAAUUCUCAAGUGAAUUUUUGGGAAAGUGUUAAAGUCAAAAUGUCAAAUAUCGUGCAUCCACAACAUUUCUUUCAGUAUGGUAGACCUUUGUGGGGUGCACUAUUACCGCCUUCCAGUGAAACCGAAGGAUUCAAACCAGAACCAAGCUAUAUACAACUUUGUCUUAAUAUUUCAGAAGAUCCGCUUAAGAAAGGAAUAGUAGAGGCCGGUUAUCGUGGAGAACUUACCGCCAGAUUAUUACUUCUUAAAGCUUGGGAUGAUUGCAUUCAGAAUCUACAACAUAGCACAGUUGUUGGCAAUAUGUAUUCUCCAAAUGUAGGCAUUGAGAAACUUCCACAUAUGCCAUUUUUGUCGUUGUAUUUGCAAUUAGGUGCAACAAAGGAUUCUGUUGACAUUCUAACAGCAUCUGUAAAAGAAACACAACAAUUUACUAAGUGCAAAGAUCAAAUUAAAAAUUUCGAAAUAAUAGCAUACCGAAAGCAUUUUAAAAUUUCAUUUGCGUUAUUUGGAUUAUCUUCAAAAAUAUAUAGUUGUUUGAAACAGCAUAAAUCAGGUUUUGCAACUUCAUCACCAUCUAAAGAUCUCACAAGUAGCUUUGAGCAAUUGUUAACUGCUUGGGUCGAUCCCACAGUGGAUGACAAACCAGAAAAAGUUAAGAUUAUUAAACGCAUGGAACCAUUGGUAUACAAGAUGGAAUAA